CCAGCAUCUCAAGCCAUGGAACCAUGGGAAUUACCACGGCUUGCCCACGACAAGUAUAAAGAUCGCACAGACAUCGCGUUGAUUCAAUACCGGUUUCGCGGUCUAGAGAUGAGUACCAUGAAAAUUUGCGCUACUUUGAGCAUACUAAUGUGUGUGAUGUUCUUGGCCUUGGCCAAGCCGCCGUUGCCACCAGGAGGUCUGAAUUAUAUAAAUUGCACGCGCCCCAACGAGUACUACAACUGUGGAAGCGCCUGUCAGACGGAAUGUGCUACCCUUGGCCAAGUUUGUCCCAUAGUCAACUUUAGGUGUAAUGAUGCUUGUUACUGCAUUGAGGGGUACGCCAGGAACGAGAAGGGCGAUUGCAUUCCGCAGUCGGAAUGCAAGAAAUGAGUGACAAGUGUUGGGUUUCUUUAAUAAAAACUGAAUGAAAAUUGUACCUUCAUUGUGCUGUGGUCUAGCUAAAAGAGCUUAAAACUUCGAAGUAAAACCUAACAAAUA